UUUACUGUUAGCCGAAGGCCUGUCUUCAUAACCUCGAAAUAAUCCGAUCGAAGGACCAGUGUUCCGUGAGGGAAAAUUCGUUUAAGUUUUUUUUUGUGAUUCGAUUAAGCAGCGAUGUUUGAGUUUUCGAAGUGGAUAUGUCUGACGUCGUUUGUGUCCCUUGUUGUAAUCGAAUCUAUGGGGCAGAGGCAGUACAGAGACGUGCAAGCUGAAGAGAAACGCAUAUACGAGGGCGCUGAAGACAGACAAGGUCGGAAUCUUCUCGACUGGAUUGGUCUUGGCACUGGAGCUAACACUGAUCCAUAUCAAGCAAGAACAAAUGCCAACUGUUUGAAUGGGGACCUAGCAGAAUGUUUCAAAUCCAGGGCUCUCUCAACUUUCGAAGAGUUCUUCAGUAACUCUUUGUAUGAACUGAGCGACAACGCAAGGGUGAGAAGAAUGCCAACCCCACAACUGAGACAGCUUAGUCAGGAACCUUUCGAAUUUUCGGAAGAACCUAGAGCAGAGGAUUCCGAAUGGGAUCAAUUAGUCAAAUUCGCUUCCAGAAAGGUGGAAAAGUUCGUGAUGUCCACAGGACUUGAAAUGGACUUCAGCAACGAUGUUACCGAAGAAGGACGAUACUCUCCACGUUUUGUAGAUGAAAUCGUGGACGAAAUCGAUGUUAUAGAGGACAAGAAAGAUUCCAUUUUCAGACGGAAACAACUGAAGAAACUCUUCAUCCCCCUCCUGUUGGUACUGAAGAUAUUCAAGCUCAAACUUCUCCUCUUCCUGCCACUCAUCUUGGGACUCGCAUCCUUCAAGAAAUUCCUAGGAUUCUUAGCCAUCCUCGUGCCAGGUGCCAUAGCCUUCUUCAAGUUCUGCAAACCGAACAUCCACUCAAACUUUGGAGGUCCUGGAAACUUUCACAGCGGACCACAAUACUCCCCUGCUGGUAUAGCCUUCCAGUCGCACCAACCCGAAUACGCUGGACAAUCUUUCUACGGGGGACACAGUGGUGGCGGGAUUCAUUUCAGGGACGAUAAUCACGCACAGCAAUUGGCUUACAACGGUUGGAAUCAGUAUAGGAGUAGCGGUUCGGAUAUUGAAGCUGAAACCACAUCUAAGAAAUCAAUUCUACCUGAUUCCUAGGGUAAUCUAUCAAGGUAUUAGUUGUACAUAUUGAAAAUGUGUCGUGUAUAUAUUUAUUUAGUAUUUUAAGAGUCAACCUGUGUCAUGUUAAGUCUUUC